AGAAGCACUUCCUCUUCACACCAUACCAGCUCCUGACUCAAGACGACUCUUCUUUGUAUUAGACAAACAUGUCGGGGCUCCUGAGGACGAUCGCCGGCCGUGCUGCUCCGGCCCUGCGGCAACACGCCGUUACACAGAGGGCGAAUCUUUUCACCAGACCACCCAAGGAAAAGAUCGGCCCACUCGAAACUGUCAUUGGACUCGGCAUGUUCUCCCUGGCCAUCCUGGGACCGUCCGGGUGGAUCCUGGCCCACCUGGAGGACUACAAGAAGAAAGAAUGAACAGAACAUUUUAACAGUUGAUGCCUGGUGUGUACAGCUUCCUGUCUCCUGUGACGACUAGGGACCAUAACCAUUUAUGUUCUGCUCCAGAGAAGAAUAUCGUUUUACCUCACCUCUACCUUUCUGACUGUUCCACGCCACAUCUCGGAUACAGACCAACUGUUCCCAAGCAGACUCUGAUCUUUAAAAAAAAUGUAUUGUACAAAUUCCCUGAUAAAGGAGUAUGUUACAAGAUUAAAUUUAAACAACUA